AAUUUGAUUUUAUUGAUGCUAGGCGCUAAUUUAUUGCUUUCGUGUUGUCUUCCUGUUCUUUAAGAGAAAGUGGAUGAUGAAUAAUGGAAUUACGUCAAUAAUUUUUUUUUCUUCUUUGCUCGAAAACCACACAAUAAUAAAUGUUUUUUUGUGCGUUGUCUGGGGCGUUUCGGAUAAAAUUGUUGUGUUAUCUUCGCGGAAUUAAACAGCCAGCUAUUGAACCAAACAUUCCUUGCAUCGCAUUCGUUGUUUGUGUUACAGAUCGUGUGUGUGUUUGUUCAUUUAACUAACUAAAGAAAGAAUUAAAUUUUCAUUGCUAGUUCAUGCACAAGAACUAUGACUAUUCCAUCACGACCAGCUCCACCUCCUCCACAAUCAGUACGCACUCAAGACCGCCAACAUUCGUCGUCAAUAAAUCAACCACAAUCACGAUACGGAUCAACAAACUGGGCAUCGUUCGACAAUAACCUGUUCGAACAACCAACGGACAUUGUUCAAAGUAAAAAGAAUGCGCCGCCUCCAAGGCCUCCGCCACCUAAAAUCAGUAGUCAACCAUUCAAAAAGCCCAGUCAGCCCACAUCCGUUAACCUAUUAUCAAAUUUGUUUGGCAAAGCUAAAUUAAACGGAACAAAAGCAUCGACACACUCAUCGAAUACAUCCAGAUCUGUAACACCCAAUGAUAUACCAAAAUUGGCUGCACCUCCAACGUCAUCACAUUCGCAUGAUGCACCGCUAGAGCUUAUCAGCUUCGAUUCGCCGCCAAAUUCUCCGACGCUUACACAAAAAUCGAAUAGUGACUGCAACAGCAUCAACAGCAGUUUCAGUUCAGAUUCCAAUAAUUACUUACCUCAGAACGGUUGCACGUCACAACCGGAAAGUGGCUUCGAGGAUGAUUUUUCAUUCGGUAAAGAUCCGUGGGAAACAAAUGAUCCAUUUUCGCCGUUGCCAUACGAUGGACCGAAAUCCACAACGCCCUAUCAGAAACCGGUAACGAUCGGUUCAACGUCAUUUUAUUCGUAUGAUUUAUAUGGCAGUGGUACGGCAAAAACAUCUACUGAUUUUGUUGAUCCUUUAUGCAACGGGAAAAGUUUAUUAACGAAAGAGCCAGCGCUCACAAAACCGACCAUCAUCAAACCAGCCAUCACCAAACCGAAACCAAAAUUGAAUAAUUCAUAUCAGAACAAGGGACCAGCUCCGUCUUUGCCAAUAUCGAACAGUGCUGCUACUUCAUCGAAUCGAGUGCGAGAUGAAUUUGAUGAGAGUGAACCCAGUUAUGGUAUUGCUUUGUACGACUUUGAGCCUAUUCAAGACGGAGAUCUAAUAUUACGGGAGAACGAGAAAGUCUAUUUGCACAAGAAGCUAAACGACGAGUGGUACUACGGAAAGAAUCGUCGAGGCUGUGAGGGAAUGUUCCCGGCUAGUUAUAUCAAUGUUAAAGUGCCAAUCAGGGAAUCGUCUUCGACUAAAAAACAACCAUCUCCAGCAAUGACAUCAUCGUCGAUCCAAAAAAGUGAACCAACAGCUAGAGCCCUUUACAACUUUACUGCUGAAACUCACGAAGAUUUGUCGUUGCAGGAAAACGAUAUAAUCACCGACCUUCAACGAAUCAACGAUGAAUGGCUAUACGGUCGCAUUGGUUCCCGUCAAGGUCAGUUUCCAGCUAAUUUCGUUGAAUUUAUCACAACGUAAAUGCAACGCGUAAUUAGUGGCUGUAAACAUGGAACGUCAUGGCACCACACAUCAAUCAAAAUUCGCCUUAUUUUGUUAACGUAGAGUUCGAUUUUUGGAAGGAAAUUUUUUUAAGGCAACCAAUGUUUUGAUUCGCACAAACUGUGUAGGAAGUGUAAAACAAUCUGUAUUAUUCUAGUGAACUAAAUGAAACUUUCGAAGAAAGAGCUUUAACCGCGGUAUUUUACUGUACAGUUUCUAAAAAAUAUUUUCUCGUAACAUUAAAUUGGUAAUUUAUUGAAGUAAAA